GUAAUUCAUAUUUUACUAUUUCCUCUACUACUAGGUAAUUCGUAAAUCGUAAUCUUAUUUUAUUUGAUGUUUUGACUUUAGAGGUGUGCGAAGUGUGGAUUUUGCUUCCUUUCGGUUCCAGUUUAUUUAAAUGCAUUUUUUUAUAAAAAAUUGUAUGGUGAAAUAUUAAAUUUUGUAAAUAAUGAAGAAGGUACAAAAUACCAUGUUUAGUUGAGUAUAUUUUAACUGAAAUGAGAGCAAAUUGUGUCAGCCGCGACAGGUACGGAAUAAUUAAUUUGUGACAUGGGCAUGGCAGGAAUUUCAUGGAAGUGAAAUCGGUAAUUUAGAAGUGUUGAUUUCGUUACCAGAGAAAUUGUUAUUAUUUUUUUAAAGGAGAGUUUCUAUCAAAAUGUUCUCAAAGAAGAAGAAGAAGCCUCUGAUAUCACCACCAAGUAACUUUGAACACCGAGUUCACACAGGCUUUGAUAAAAGAGAAAACAAAUUUGUUGGGCUUCCAUUACAAUGGGCGUCACUUGUUGGUAAUAAUCAGAUAUUGAAAUCAACUAACAGACCUGUUCCAUUGGUGGACCCAUCUGAAAUCACCCCAACUGAAAUAUUAGACUUGAAAACAGUAGUGAGAGGUGACCACAGAACUUCAUCAGUGGCAGCAAUAUCCAGACCAACAUCUACUAACCCAAUUCCACCACCAGUACAAAAUGGUGUCACACUCCCGAAAACUUCCAAUGUUGCUCGCUCUAAUUCACUCAGGAGCAGUAGUCCUCCUAGGAUAAGAAGAAAUCAACCGAAUAUACCUCCAUCAGUGCCUGAAGAAUCACCACCUUUGCCCCCAGCACCACAGUAUCCCACAUUACGACGUGAGCAAAGCAAUUACACUUUAAACCAACCGAUUAUAGAAUCACCUGUUGAAUGGUCCCAACAUGCGCAUGAAGCAACAAUUAGGGCGAUAAACGAAUCUAAUGACUAUCAAGCUAAUAUGACAUAUCAGAAUAUACAGAAUGCUAAUGUGCCUUAUCAACACAACCAUUCAGCUCAACUACCCACAGGCAACAACCAGGUCGGAGUAAAUGGAAAUAAUGCAAAUAUAGGUGAAGCAUAUCAGGGAGCUGUGAGGCAUCAAUAUCCACCAGCUCCGUCAAUACCUCCCCACCUACCCCUGACUGCCUCUAAGCAUGAGCUACGACUGACACAUGAACAGUUCCGGGCAGCUCUCCGUCUGGUGGUAAGCGAAGGUGAUCCCCGAGAAACCCUGACCGGGUUUACGAAGAUCGGUAAGGGCAGCACAGGUGUGGUGUGCGUGGCAACAGACACGAGAACGCGGCGCAGGGUCGCUGUCAAAAUGAUGCAUCUGAGACACCAGCAGAGACGGGAGCUGUUAUUCAAUGAAGUGGUGAUAAUGCGCGACUACCCUCACCCGAACAUAGUCGAGAUGUACGCGUCGUACCUGGUCGCUAACGAGCUGUGGGUCGUAAUGGAGUACAUGGCCGGCGCGUCGCUCACACAGAUCGUUACUCGCGCCAGGAUGGACCCGGAACAGAUAGCCACCGUCUGUAAGCAGUGCUUGAAGGCUCUAGCAUUUUUACACGGACAAGGAGUCAUUCACCGAGACAUAAAAUCAGAUUCCAUUCUUAUAACAUCAGAUGGACGUGUCAAACUAUCAGACUUUGGAUUUUGUGCGCAAGUUUCACAGGAAUUACCAAAGCGUAAAUCUCUAGUGGGAACACCGUAUUGGAUGUCUCCAGAAGUUGUAUCCAGAUUACCAUAUGGUCCUGAAGUUGAUGUCUGGUCGCUUGGCAUUAUGGUCAUUGAGAUGAUAGAUGGGGAACCGCCAUUCUUCAAUGAACCACCAUUGCAGGCGAUGCGUCGUAUCCGCGACAUGCCUCCGCCGCGGCCGCGCGGGGCGUCUCGCUCGCCCGCCGACCUGCUCGGGUUCCUGGAGUGCGCGCUGGUGCGGGACCCGGCGCAGAGACACACGGCCGCCGCGCUGCUGCACCACCCCUUCCUGCGGCGAGCUGGCCCGCCCGCGCUGCUGGUGCCGCUCAUGGAAGCGCCAUGAUUAUCACGAACACAAAAUUUAACAACGACGAUACGAAAAGGUGUUGAAGUAUGUUACAUCAUAUUUAUUCUGAGUACUUAUUAUAAUAACUAUUUCUUACUAAAAAUUUAAAUUUCUUACAAACAUGACAAGUAUAUAAUCCACCGACUUACUAUAGUGCUAUAUAUUACUCUAUAUACGUCUACUAUCUCACUCGAAUCAGAAGAAAUUCUGUUAAUACUAUGACGUUAUAAAACUGACUGCUGAACUACGAGAGGAGAGAUUAGACCUGAAGGUAUGAGUUGUUUCAUUCAAUGACGUUCUAUACAUUAUAGACAAAGCACGUCGUAUAAAAACUUUAGUUAAAACGUGGAACAUGACAGAAAUUAUAAUAUAAUAAUAAUCUUCUAUACAUUGCCGCAUUUACUCCAGUUGUUUAAAAUAAUCUUGGUGAAUAAGUAGCAAUGUAAUACAUUUAUUCAGUUCCGGUUGCGUACGUUCAAUUUAGAACCUGAUUCGGACAGUGACAGCUGUUGACACAUGACUAAGGAGAAAAGUAUGUUUACAUUAUCUUUAAGAACACUUUUGUCGUUCCGCUAUCAGACUGCGUGCAUAUCAUAUAUGUCGAAAUAUAUGUAUAGAACAUCGUUGGUUUCAUACAAUCGUUUAAUGAAUUAGUAAAUAAGUUCUUAUAAUGGUAUUACCUUGUAACUUCUUGUAGAAUAGUGGGAGUAUAUUGACUUAUUAUUGUGUACUUCAGUAGGUACACAGGAAGAUACAGUUUAGGUCAGUCUUCAAUUAUAAGUUUAAAUCAAGUCGAACAGGAAGGGAAUUCAACAUACAACACUAUCUUCUUAAAUACUUUUACCUUUUUGCUUACCAAAAUAAUAUUUGAAUGUAUAAUUCUGUUUAGUUAACUUAUUAAUAUUAUAAUUCAAAUUGAAAUAACGAUGUAACGCGCUUACUAUAAAUUGCUUUUGGACGGUUUUGCGAGCAUGCCACCUAUCUCUUUUACUUGGUAUUAGGAUUACCAAGCCUCAACCGUGUGUCAUCAAUCUGUUUUGAAUGUAUGGCCUAAAGGAGAUCAUUUAACAGAAUAACUAGUUAUAAUGUUUUAUGAUCUUUAAUGCAUUACUUUUAAUGAUAAUGAAAUGUACAUAAAUCACAUACACUAAAAUGUUAAUAACCUCUUUUUCUAAAUACAUUUCUUCUGAUUGAAUCCUAAAAAGAAACAAUCCCCUCUGGAGGUGAUCACUUACCGCUAGCACACACGUUUCAGCUCUGUUCAAUAAACCUGAUUCACGACUUGAUGUUUUUGAUGUGCUUAAGUUGCGAACUCUUCUCUCUUGCGAGUCUCUCAACGUCUGUGUGUUCAUUGAUAUGAAUGAAAUACUUGUCUAUCUACAUUUUUGUAUAAAUAAUUUAAUAUCUUUAUGUUAAGAAUUAAUUAUAGUUAAUCAAUUAAUUUUUGUUUUAUAAUUGCUAGCUAGUUGUAUUUAUUGAACCUUGUAUUUUGAGGUUAUAUAUUAAAUGUAUCUGUAAUAUUUAAUAAGCGCUUCUUGCAAACCUUCCCAGUGAAUCAUUCCAUUGCAUUAUCUCAUUCCAUAUUAUGUAAAUGGACUGGAAAUAAUUUCGUAUUUUCUAUAAUAUUAGAAGUAUUUUAAUUGUUGGUUAUUCGAAGUCUCUUAGUAUGUAACACAAAUGCCUUAACCAGUAAUCAUACUAAGACCCCGUCCAAUAUUUUUUCUAAUAAUAUAUAAAAUAUAUUAUGUAACCCAGUUGCAAAAUAGAGACAUACAUAAACGAAUUUAAAAUGGCGACUGUUAAAAUGUCAUCUCGAGCCCUGUCAUUGAAUAUAUAAAUGUAAGAAUAAAUACGCGACGGUUUUUCGCGCAUUAGAUUCGUUUGUAGUAUUAUUAAAAAUUAGCUAUAAUUUGGAAUAUGGAGGAAAUGGGCUAUGAAAUCACUUAUUCAAAGUCAAAAAUUACCCAUUUGAAAAAGUAUGCGUCAGAUCUGCGAAGAACGGGCGAAAGAAACUCAGCGGGAUUUAUUAUUUCAUAAAAAUGUUAAAAUAUAUUACCAUCAAAUUUAUUAUUCAAUAGCCUGAGGGAGGUCGCUCCAUUCCUAAACUGUGUUAUCAUUAAGCAAGUCAUACUGUAUGUUACAGCAAGUAACCUUUAACACACAAGCUUUUUUAACGUUUCUUUGAAUUUCAUUUGUAAAAAGCAUAUACAUCGCCGGACAAAAGACGUACUAAUUCGACUUGGCCGAGUAGUAGGCAUGAUGAUAAAUAAACUCCAAGAUCUGCAAGAAUAUAAUGAAUUGUUUGAAACUUUAUAAACUUAAUAUCCACUAUUUGCAUUAUGUCGCCAUUUUCAAAUUGUUUCUGUAAUAUAUUGCAACAUAUAAGAGGCCUUAAUUAGUUAUAAAUCAAUUCGGCGAAUAAAAUUAAUGAUUAUUUUUAAAAUUGUGGGUUAGUGAUAUAUUUAGAAAUUAGUUAGUGCCAGAUUCAGUGCCUUGGUGUUAAAUGUAAUCAGUAUUAAACAUGUUCAUACAAAGUGUUGAAUAUAUUUUGUAUUUACUUCUUAAUCAUGUUGCGUGUCUAUUUGUUAUACACUAUUUUAUCGUAUUUAUACAAUUUAAUCGUUUAAAUUUGGCUUUAAAUUAUAUUAAACUAACGAUAAGUAUUCUAUACACUUUCGGCCUCACAAAUGAACUUGGCAUAAAGUUAUACCCAAAAAUAUGGAAAAGCGAUAUACGCUGACACUACUGUUAAUACAAUGAAAGUUUGAAGUUUUCUGUCCGAAUGUAAACGUGGGAAACGUUGCACGUCCGAAUAAACAAACUAUAUGCAAAAUGUAUUUUUGUAAGCAUUUUGCAUAUAUGUAGGUACUUGGUUUAUUCUCAGUUAUAACUUUAUGCCAAUUUUAUUUGUAAGGCCGUGUUUGUGUGUGUAAAUGAAUUUGAUUGGAUCAUGUCGUUUAUCUUUCCUCCGAUAGGUUUAAUCGUUUAUUCGUAUUUAUUCAAUCCAUUAAUUAUUAACGAUAUUAAAUUCAAAUUUUUAGUCCAAUUUUUCACCUUCAAGUUCAGUGCAAACAGUUUGAGACUUAGUUUUUUAUACUCAACUUCAGAUAAAUUCACAUCACAAUGAAAUUAAACUGUCUCGCCUUAAAUAUGCAAAUUUAUUUGUAGCAAAUAUAUUUUUAUUUAAAUUAAACGUUAUUUUUGCAGUAUAUACAAGGUAUUCAUUAUUAACUUCAUUCUGUAUAAUAUAUGUUUUCUAAAUUGGAUUGUGUUAUGAUUAUUAAUAUACAGUUUAUGCUCUUUAUUCGCGGGGUAUAUUAUCCUUACUGCCGCGAAUACAGAAAUCGUGAAUAGUCAUUUAAUGGGAGUAUACUUUCUAGGGGACAUUCCUAGAUGAAAAUAAUUAUAUAGAACAAAUACAGAAAAAAAAAAUUGAAGUUUUUGACCAUAUUACGAUAUUAAUUAUUUUCAGGCUGCGACAAUGGUUUAAAGAUUUUUUUAUUUUUUUUUGCUUGGCAGUUUUUAAAGUUUUUUCAAUCGGUUGUAAUCAAGUCUAUUAUCCUUUUUUGUUAGUCCAUUCACGACGCGUUUAAAAAAGGAUAUUGGGUUGGAUACAUAUUGGAAUCCUUUUUAUUAGAAUGUAAGUAUAAUAAAUAGCUUUUCAUAUACUUGCUUCGAAAAUGUAUUUACGUAUGCUGUGUCAUUUAAAAAGUUACAAAUUACGUAUCAUAUAACGAAAUGUGAGGUAAAAUAGGCACUUAGGUGAGUACCGCACUAGUUGUAUUGUUCAAUGCGUAUCUUAUAAAGCUUUUUUAAAUAUUAAUGAAAAAUAUAAGAAUUCAACCAAGGAGGUUCGCAUUAAGAGAAUAACUAGAUUAAAUGUUCGAACCUCCUUGCUCAAUGCAUUGUCUCACAUUAAUACCAAAGAGAAAGUGAGACGUAAGAGCCUAUUAUUUUCUAACAGGCGUACAUGGCGCCAUUUGCGGAUCUGUGUUUUUUUUUUCACGACAUUAGAAACAAUUAUUAUUACAACUUUCCCACUGAUAUUUACAUAUAAAGUUUGUUAUAUCACCUGCACUGCACUGUUUUCUCAUAAAUGCAUUGAAAAUCGUUGUAUGACACAAUUUCUAUAUUUACUAACUUGUCACUAUGGUAAGGCCGAGAUGAAAACUAUAUUUUAAUUACGAGUCUCGUCUGUAUCAUGUACUGUUACAUCGUUGGGGGAGAAAAGCGGAAGGAAAUUAAUAUACAAAUUGAUCCGAUUUGAGUGGCUUUUAUAAAUCAGAUAAGCGUAGUGAUCCACUGAUUACUGUGACAAUGUAAUAAUAACUGUAAACUGGAGCCUUUACUUAUCACAUUCCAAGUGUUAUUGUUGUUGUAACUUAUGUAUCUCUAAAUAUUAUAUCAACUUAACGUUUAUUAUUGUUAAUAUCGUGUUUUACACUCGCGUUGAUGAUAUCUGUAUUGUAAUGUUUAUUUACACUAUGAUAUAUUAUAUGAGGUAGCUUGAUAUUGUUUCGAUUAUUGUCGCCUUAGAUCAUUUAUAUGUUUAGAUAGACUGUGAACACGUCAAAAUAGCGGCGAACUGUUUUUAUUUUCAGAAACGCACGCGCACUGAAAUAAAUUGAAAUACGUAUCGCGAGUGUAAGAGGUAGCUUGUCACGUACAUUAGUGGAAUAAACCUGGCUGGUGUUGUGUUGUUUGACAGCACGAGGAUGUUUCUAGAUUCUAGAUGUAUAAUGUGAACCGAUUUAUUUGAUGACGAUUUCCUUAUGAUAUAUGUGGUUGAAGAUGAAUUUAAUUUACUUAAAUCUCUGUAAAAAUCGUUGUUUUUACUUAUUUUACACUAGGUUUGGUAGUUUUAGAUAUGCCGAAAACUUUUAGUAUGCAAGUAUUGGUAGACCUACGACCUUAGUUUGUCAGUUUAGAAAUGACGAAUAAAGAAGGUUAUGACGCACCGAGAUACUUUUGAUGAAAGGCCUUGAGAUAUCGUGCCGUGAUAACUUGAAAAUCGCGUGGCUAAUUGCCGUUCCCAAUAUAGGUACUAUCUACAGAUAGAGAUAAAUUAUUACCUUCUACUGUCAGUAAUCUGAAGCUGUCCCAAUAUACCCUAUAAGUCAUUCUUAUCGCCUUAUAUUGGGACGCGUGAAUCGCAAUUUCCAUACAAACUUCUAUCGCUGGUAAGCUAUACGUUGUCCCAUUGACAGACAGCGUGUACGGAUAAGUCCUUAUACGCGAGUACUUAUAUUGGGACGCGUGAAUCGCAAUUUCCAUACAAACUUCUAUCGCUGGUAAGCUUUACGUUGUCCCAUUGACAGACACCGUAUACGGAUGAAUUACCCUGGAUAAGUUUAUUGGAACAGAAAAGUCAACGAUAGUUACGAUUUUUUAUCUUAAGUAAGCCACAACCGGGGAUAGACUGAAUAUUGUGAAUGGCCGUUAGUAAGCUUUAGUUGAUGCAGCGCAAGCUGGUAUAUAUUUAACCAGUGACUUUUACUUUUACUAUCCAAUGCUAAAAUAUAUCUAUAUAAGUGACUUGCCCUCGCCAUCUAAACAGGGCUUGGCCAAUAUUGCGCUAAUGCUUUAAGGUGUCAUGUGGAGGAUAUAACAAGAGCGGUACUGCCACUGUUGCGUUCUCGCUCGCACUCAUCGGGCGUCCUUGUGACAAAAUUAACAAAAAACAAUCACGAUUAACAACCAACCAUGAACGAUUGGAAUAUUGACAUUGACGUAAAAUGUCAAUUUACUAUCAAAUAAAAUACUGUCUUAAGUAACUAAGCUCAUGCCAUUUGAUAUUCGCAAUUGUGACUGUGUUCGUAUAUACUAUAUAUAUAUAUAUAUAUAUAGUAUACAUAUAUAUGUAUAUAUAUAUAUUAUACUAGUAUGAAUUCCAAAAUAAUUGUAAAUUCUCCGUGUCCAUAUAAUUGGGCACAAAACGUUGCUUGUACUUUGUAUGCGCAUGUCAUUAACAGUAAAAUUCAAACGACUAUCAUAAUAUGCCACUUGUUUAUAAUAUAUGCAGAAACUACGGAGCUUAAAAAAUAUUUUACCUUUUAUUCCUGUACUUAUAUUGGGCACGUUUUAUUUCGCCUUUAAAUCAAUUAAUGUUUAAGUAUAUAAGGGUUUAUGCUGAGUUUGCCGUAUGUAAUGAUUCCGUCUAACGUAUUUAGUAUUCUGUGAGUUGUUAGCACUCUUGCACCGGAUUGUUUCAUCACAAUGCACACGUUGGAAAUAGAAGUGUUCGCUAGGUAUAGAUAUGCCAAAUAUAUUGUAAUUUAUCCCAUUGUUAAGAACUGUUAUAAUAUAUAGAUUUUUGAAGAAACUAAAA